CCGAAUCACUUGGUAGCAGCGUCUUGAUUUUGAUAGUAACCAAAGCUGUUAUUGUGAGAAAAAGUCUUUCAUCAUGUAAUCGUUGUAGGCGUAUGGGGUGCCUCCACCACCUCGUGCACGUACCAUGAGUACGGAAUCUAAAAUGAAAUACUAACCUCGUAAACUAAUCGAUUAAAUAAAUUAAUCAUAAUAAAUUACCGGCCAUCUUAAAUGUAUAAGAAAACUCGAGAGAAAUAUCGUUAACAAGUAUUUUUCGACACCAGACGUGUGCUUGAAUCUCGAAAAUUGAAAGUUUCUUAUCGUUCUAGAAUCAGUGGUAACAUUUUAUCCAUAUCAGAAAGCAUGAGAAAGAAAAGAUAAUUCGGUCGAUUAACGUUCAAUACCUUGCCAUGGUUGAUACGAAACCUAAUGAAAAAUAUAUAACCUCAUCGGAUAAUAAUUUACGCAUAAUAGACAUAUUAUUGUAAAUGGAUUUAGUAAAAAAAUGAUCGAGUGAGGUGCUUGACGCAUGUGACAUAUUUAUAAACUUCGUGAGGUUAGCGCUGAAUUAUCAAAAGAACUCGAGAUAAAAUAAUUUUCAAAGGUGAGAUGUGAAUUUAGGAGAAUGUAAUGCAAACUCCAAGCAGUUAAGAUAUACUUAUGGACGUGGAAAAUUAUUGGACUGCACAAGGAUUGACGUCAUCUAUUGUCAAGCUGAACAACAUGGCUCGCUUCCAGCAGAAGCAGAUGCAGGAAAAAGAGCAAAAGAUGUUGCAGCUUUACGAUCAACAACAGCAACGAGCUUACCAAGUGGUCAAAAGAGGUAGCGCUGGAUCGAAGGAUUCUAUGUCUCAGCAGCAUUCUAUUUCGAAAAGCAUCACCGCUACACGCACGACCAGCACUACUCAAGGAGGAAAGGUGAGACAGAUGUUUGACGAACGGCGGCAGACAACGGUAAAAGGUAUUGAUCGUAGCUAUCCAUUGGAGCCGUUGGAGAACAAACCCAAGAAGCAGAUCGCUGCGAACGGUGGCCACAUCGCAUCGAAGGCGAAUCAGCCGGGUACCGUGAUGCGAAAGACCGUCACUGUACGACGUACAGCUAAAGUUGAAGGCAAUAGCGGAAAUAAUGGAGAAAAUUUUACGGUUUCUCAUCAUGAGGAAGUAAGUCAAGAAUCUUUUGGAAAUGGUGAACAGUUCGGAAGAAUGAAUGUUGAUAGCGAGUACCGUGAUGAAAAUCAUCGAGCACCGCCGCAAAACGAAGUUCAAAUCGAAGAAGUUCUCGACGAAGACACGAUGGAAAGGAAUCAAAUGCUGGCGAAAAUUCAUCUAAUGGAAUACGAUAAGAACCUAAGACAUCGCGUUGAUAACAAUCUGAUCAGCGAGAAAUUUCCGGAUGAGUUAUUGCUCAACGUUACUGACAAGUGGUCCAAAAAACCGGCACCAAAGAAACUGUCACAAGCUGAAGCUAGGCUGGAGAGAUUCAAGAAUGCCAAUGCGAGGAGAAACUCUGCAACCUCAACAACGACGACACGGAGUUCAGAGUCAAGGAAACGAUCGGAACCUAACUCCCCAUCUCCGAAAGCUACUUCUAGAAUACGAAAAAAUAUAAAUUCUGAGCCAGCUAGCAGAGUGUCUGCGAACUCUUCUGCUAAUCCACCAAACAGACGGAGUUUUCCCCCAUCACCGUCAAAGAGUCCAGACAUCACAUCGAAGCGGAAUUCAGCGAGUCAGAAUCAGAGGCAACCGCCGCCAACCGCGAGUCCUUCACCACGACCUUCAUCAGUCCUGUCCCAGGCCUCCAGUACGACUAGCCCUACGCGUGGUACGCACUCUGCGGAGAACGCGAACCGAGGAAUGGCUACCAAGGCAAAGCAUCCUAUACGGUCAGCUGAAACGGUAUCAGCAUCGAGUACGAAAGGACCGCCGUCGGCAAGAAGUGGCCAAAGUGUUGGAAGCAGCGAUGCACUUGUAUCGUGCAAGAUUUGUGGGCGUCGGUUUGCUCAGGACAGGGUAACGCCCCAUGAAAAAAUCUGCGCCAAGACAACGCAGAAGAAACGCAAGCAAUUCGAUACGGUACGACACCGAGUCCAAGGCACCGAACUCGAAUCUUACGCGAAGAAAGUUCCUGCAACGGGGAAACAAGCAGAGCAACGAGCAAAGGCGAAGAAACCGGAAGUGAAAGCUCAAUCAAACUGGCGACGAAAACACGAGGACUUUAUCAACGCCAUCCGAUCAGCGAAACAAGUUCAAGCCCAUCUUGCCGCAGGCGGAAAACUUAGCGACUUGCCACCUCCACCGGUCAGUGACACGAGUGAUUACAUCCAGUGUCCUCACUGUGGUCGAAAAUUCAACAAGGGUGCUGCGGAUCGUCACAUUCCCAAAUGUGCAAAUAUGAUGCACAAUAAACCAAACCCCAGAGCACCUCCGAAACCGAAACGCUAAGGCUUUCAAUUUAAAUUCUAAAAAAUUCUGGCUAUGUUUUACUCACACACAUUUUGAUCGAUUUAUUUUUUAACACUGAUUAAUUUUCAUAAUACGUAAAUUGCACAAGAAAUCUGAAAUGUUGAAAAGACACUUGAUGUCUCCUUGUGAAUGCAUGUACGGGACGUUCUAUUCGAUUUGAUAUGGAUUUCCCCCACAUGUCGUUUUUGCGUAACAUGUUCGUUUCUUGAAUUUCUGUGCUGUCUGGAUUUUUCAAUUUGUUCUAAGAAUACAAAUGAUUAGAAUGUGAUAGCCACCGAAUCAGCCUUUUACACUAUAAAUGGUCAUCGCUACACUUAUAACAUGACACGCAUAUUUGUAAGAAAUUGAUUAAUAUUUCAAUAAACAACUUGGAGCAUAAA